CUAUUUAUUGUGAAGAAGGCGAAAAAGUUAAGCGUUUUACAAUGGAUAUUCAAUCAUAUGUCACUAAAACCUAUGAGUCUCGAAAUGUUUACAAAAUGAAAUUCUACCCUAAAGCUGAAAAAAGUAGUCUUAUAUAUUACUUAAGAGAGUGUAAUCUUGAUAACAAAGUGGAUUUACCUAUUCACUGUAUGAACAAAUAUUAUAAAAUGGUAUUAAAAGAAACUAAUGCCAUAACAGCUGAGCAGAUACGUGAAGUAGCCAAAUACUACAUUAUCGAUACUCUUAGCUGUCAGCAGUUAAUGAUCAAGCGUAAUAUAAUCAAUGAAUAUAAGGAGGAAGGAAAUUUAACCAGUACAAUUCUAUGUGAACAAAAUGAAAUAGGAAAAUACUCUGGAGCUUAUAUUUUUCCGCUGGUAAAGGAUCUCAAAAGUAAACGUCCU